GCCGUAUAUCGGUUCCUCUCUCCCGCCUGCCGCCCUUGUUCUCUGUUGCAGUCCUUCGGGAAGCACCCGCUGGUGCUGAAUACCUGCCAUGAGACUCAAUCUCAGCUUCCUCUUAUGUGUGGCUGCAGCAACAUUACAGCUUGCAUCAGCCCUCCCUAAGAUCACAAGAACUGGGCGCUACUUAUAAUCGGAGGACGGAAAUCGGUUCUACAUCAAGGGCGUGGCCCAUCAGACCCAGGACGCCGGCCUCAUUCCUCGUCCGAAAAUUUUGAAAAAAGUGUGAAAUCUUAG